CUCGACUCCGACGGCCGCCUCGCCUCCUCGCCUCAUGCGCGUCUGUUCCUCGCCGCCGCCGUUCGCGCUCGGCGACCUUGCCGACGCCCAGCCGCCGAGGAAGCUCCCGCAUCCCACCUCUCUUCUCCAGCCCGCCCGCCUCCCUCCGCCCGCGGUGAGCCCCUGUCCGGCUGUCCGCCUGUUCCAGGUCCCAGCGCGCGGCUGUACCUCUGCCCUGCCGGAGCGCCGGCUGCCUGCGCCCUUGUCGCCGCUCGCCGGACGGCUGUUUGGCGGCCCUGCCCUCGCCGGAUCGCCCCCUCCAAAUCCGGCUGCAGUAAGAAUUGUUGAAGAAUGAAGAGGGCAGCAGACAUUGUUUCUCUUUCCAAAGAGAAGCUAUGAAGAUAGGGAAGAAGAAGAAGGCAGAGAAUAUGCCGGAUGUGGCUGAAGAGCAGACCCGCGAAGUUGUGUGUAUGCCAGUUGUGAUCGAAGAGCAAAUUGAAGAACCAACAUUGUCUAUGUCAAAUGUGACCAUAGAGCAAACUGAAGAUGUGUCACCGCCAUCACCACCGUUUUAUGAUUUUAGUCGUCUUAAACAUGAUCCUGGGGAAAGGCUACCCAUUGCAAGUUAUCCUAUCAAUGAUCAAGAUGCAGUUCGAAGAUCAUAUAUCCUUAAAAAGACAUUCAAACCUUAUGCGCAUGACUUUAAAAAAUGAACAAUUGGGAGUAGAGAACGUUCAUUCAAUCCUUUGUGGCUUCAUAAUCAUAGUUGGCUUGAAUAUAGUCUCCGUGGGAUGUAACUUUUC